AUGGCAUCUGAGAUUCCUCCAGAUGGAGACCCUUUGGUCGAUACUCUACCCCCGGCCACUGACUACAUGACCUAUCUCACCCUACUGGAAUAUCAACUGACACCUCAGAAUCUUCCAACCCUCACCAGGCUACUAAGCGAUGAUGACGGUACCUUAGCCAAAGAAAUUGGCUGGGACCUGCUUAAAAUCAUUCUACGAUUUUUGAGUGAUACUCCCGAUGAGGCAAAUCGAUGCUUGGAGAUCAUUGCUCGAAGAGGCAAUCCCCGAGAGGUGGUCGUUAGAGUAGCUGAAGAACUUGAGAAAUUGGGCGAUGGCGAAGACGAUGAGGUCAAUGAAGGUAACUCUGACCAAGGCGACGACGAAGAUGAAUUGCCCACUUUCGCGGGUGAGGCCCCUCGAGUUCAUCUCGGUGCCAUGACGCUAGAUGGUAUGCCACCGACCAAACCAAAGUCCACAGACAACUCUGUGGAUCAAGUCAAUGUCGACACCCCUGUGAUACCGUCACCUGCUAGGAGAGCACUGAAGUUACAAUCUCUCUUCAAUAUGCUCAGCAUUCUACAUUCGAGGAUCAAGACCCAGUAUCCUAGCCGUUUCCUUGCCACGUCUUUACCAGCAGCUCUAGGUGCAUACAGACAUGUUCCCAUUACGGCUGCAACUACCUUAUCCUUUCUGGCCGUCUUAGAACAGCUGGCUGGUAAGAGCCGACCACCACUUCCUCCACGAGUCAGUGACAUCUCAGUGCCGACAGUGUCAACUAGUAGUGGUCAAACCCAAACCCCCAGUGCAACCACAGCUACUUUACCAGACCCAGAAGCAAAGAUCGAGGAGGCAGAGAAAGGUGUCAAUCUACCAUCUGCCGAAGAGAGAGCAAUCAUUUCUCGUCUUCUAUAUGCUGUCCUCCUCGAGGUGUUGGAUGAAUACCUCUCGUCUCUUUCUGACGAUCAGUUUCCAUCUAUGUCAUGGACCAGCCGACUACGCGAGUCACUUGAGCCUAAGAAAUCAGUACCAGGUAGGGAAACAGAGACUCAGCUAUUCGAGGAUUCCCCAAAAACCCAAGAACGAGAAUCUGUGCUUUCCAAGGUGAAGAAAAUCAGCCUCGAUCUGGGUUGCGACAUAUCUGCAGAAAUCAAGAAACUCAUUCAUGAAGAUACCGUAGAAGAAGGGUUUGAUGAAGAAACAGAAGAGGAGCCAUCGGAGUACCCCACCUCUCCUUCUCAAAUCCCACUGCCACGGAAUGGAGUCAUAUUUCUGUACGCGUACCAGUCAUACCUUGAAGCCGCAACGACUUCGAACGCGGCAACCUUCUCACCUUCCAUCGCAGCAGUUGCUCAAUUGAUUGACCACUCAUCGCCCCUGUCGGCAACACCAGCAAUUCCAUCAGCUGCAUUACUCGAUUCACUCCUCUCCCUCCUUUAUCGACAAGCGCUGGCAAACUCCCAAGAAGAAGCACAAUCAGUAACCCCACCAGAUGGGACGGUUCUCUCUCCUGCCAAGUUCCUUCUUCUUAUCAGUACCCUAACACAACUUUUCGCCAUCACCCCGUGGGCCAGCUUGCGUGACUCAGCCUACCAGAUUGCAUCGAAGCUCAUCCACGCCUACCCCAAGCCAGAAGUCCGACUUCAGAUCAUUGCACAAACCAUCGAGGGAAGCACGUUGAGUUCCAACUGGGCCGAGUUUGAAGAAGAUCCGCACCCGGAGCCGGGCAUUGACGAGGAAACGGGCCUCACGAGGAGCACUUCGGCAUUGGAGCCACAUCCAAUCCCGCUCGCACCCCCUCAGCAGCUCGGCGUCCUGAAAGCAGUCGGCGUCGACUGGCUGAAAGACGAGAUUCUGAGAUAUCUAAGACAUCAAAGACAACCACAAGGCCAGACCACGGAUGCCAGCCUCUUCUCCCCUCAGACCGGUCUGAACCCAGACCUCAUCACCGAUGAAGUCCACGAAGCCGGCAUCCGAGGCAAUGAAUCUUCACUGCUCGAUCUCCUGUUCCCCAAAGACCUGACCUCCCUAGACCAAGCAUUCAACACUAGGACCUCAAAGACCGAGGAAGAAGAAAAUGACAACGACGACACGAUCUCCGCCUUCCUCCUCAACAUCCCAUUCUACAUCUCAACACUGAACCUGCUGAGCAUCAUCCUCCCGAAUCCACAGUCGGCAUCGUCGGCAUCCGCCGCUCCCUCCCAGAUCUUCACGGACCGUGCCUCCGCCCACGUCUCGUCGCUCGGCGCCUCGCUGGACUUCCUCACCACGGUGCUUUUACACGCCGCCGCGGACACAGGGAGCAGCAGCGGCGGUGAUGCAUCCGCGGUCCUGGCCGAGAGUCGUGCUGAUAUCAACGCCUUGCAGGAUGCGUAUGAGCGUGUGCGCGUGUUGUUGCAGUAG